GAAGGGUCCAGCAGUCGCACAACGUUACCCAGCUCGACCAAACGACGCUAAUCAGUGCGAUACGUGUUAUCAGCUACAAUAACAAAGGCUUGUUACCCAUCUCGUCGAGGUAAAUUAAUUUACAACCCUAAUUCUAUUUCUAAAAAAACGCGUGGGAGAAAAUCGAGUGAAGUAUGAGUGGAAACCCAAGAUCAACAUCAAUCCCUCAAAACAAAGUUGAAACAAAUCCGCGUCAUGAGCAAUCGAAGGGGCGUGGUAUACCUGUCAAAGCCUGCAUAAAAUGUGGUGCUGUUUGGAAGCGAAUGCAUUACUGCCCAGCUGAGAAAGAGACGUGCAAGGCGUGUGGAAAAAUCGGUCAUUUGACGGAGUGUUGUCUCUUCAAAAAAGGCAACCCCAUCAAACCGCACCCCAUGACAUCACGGAGACGUCAUGGAGGUCAACAAUUGCAAGAAUCAAAUCCACCCACAAACAAUAACAAUGUCCAUAACAACAAAAAGAAUUCUCAUGGGGGACAGAGUGCCCAAAGUCUUAUGAAGAGAGAGAUAAAGUCUGAAAGUCAAUCCGGACAGUCGAAUGCCGGUAAGUACGAGAAAAGUAUCUCCCACUACUCCAGGCUCAUAAAAUUGUGCCCAAAGGAUCCACAGAAUUACAACAACCGAUCGAUCUGCUACAUGAUGUCGAAACAAUACGAGAACGCCUUUGCCGAUGCCUCCAAAGUCAUCGAGCUGAAUCCCUCGUCCGUUGAGAGCUACUGCCGUCUGAUAAAGUGCGCAAUAAUUCUUGGGUGCACAAUGGAGGCAGCCAUACACCUCAAGAAAUUAUCGCAACUCGAUCCCGAGAAUGAAACAUUGCUGAUCGAACGCGAGAAGUUGAACGAGUUGCAAGGGUACAUUGAGAGGGAGAAAACAGCUGUGAAAAGUGAGAACUACAAAGAGGCUCUGGCAAGCGUCUGCGAGAGUUUGGUCAUUAGUUCGGAGAAUCUGUCGCUGAAGAUCAAACAAGCGGAGUAUUUGGCGCUGUUGAAGCGGUAUAAGGAGAGUGAGGAGAUUGUGAAGGAGAUUCUGGAGAAAGAUGCCAAUAACUUGAAGGUCAAAUAUAUCUUGGGGAUCAAGAAGUACGAUUUGGAUAUCGAUGCUGCUGUGAUGCACUUUGAGGAGCUCAUUAAACUCGAUCCUGGUACUUCUAAAGUUCGUGAUCUUUAUGAAAAAGCGAGGAGAAUAUCUGAGAAGAAAAAGCAAGGGAACGAUGCAUUCCUAAAUAAGAAUUUUGAAGCUGCCCACAACCACUAUUUAUCAGCUCUGGGAAUCGAUCCUGACCACAUGAACAUGAAGAUCAAAUUAUAUUUUAACAUGGGUCAAGCGUCUUGGAACCUGAAAAAGUAUGAACGAGCAAUUGUAGAGUACGAACGAGUUAUAAACGGUGAUGACAAGCAUUAUCUAGCUCUGAAACAACGAGGGAAAUGUUACUUGGAGAUUCGCAAGUAUAAGGAAGCUAUUGCUGAUUUCUCCAAAGUCCUGACAUUAUGCCCCACAGAUCCCGAUUGUCUGCAAUUGAUCAAUAAUGCUGUCAAUCCGAUUGUAUCUUUCUUAGGGAAAGAUCCUUAUGAAAUCCUGGGAAUUAGAAGAGAUUCAUCGCUCGAAGAAAUUAAAGAAGUUUAUGAGCACAAAGAACUCCUUCAUUAUCUCAAUCGCGUAUUGGAUACCACUGAAGAGCAGAAAACCAAAUAUGAAAAUGAUUUCAAGGAAGUUACGUUCGCUUAUGACAAAUUGUUGGAAAUGAUUGGGCAGAAAGCCAACUCCAAGGUUGACGAUUCAUCAAUUAAACUGUAUAAUCUUUUUAAUGGUUGAGAGAGUAUCACAUUUGAAUGGAGAAUCCAAUCAUUCUUCAUGGGAAAAAAAGUAAUGUAACAAUUGUUGAUGAUAAUAAUAAUAACAAAACAAUUGCUGCUGAUCAAUAUCACUUCUUUAUUAUGCUAUCAAAAACAAGGAUUCCAAAUGAGAUUUUGAAAUCUCUUUAUACAA